GCCGCCUCCACGGUUCCCCAGCGGAGCUGCUGAACGCGCCGCGUCCUACAGCGCUCCGGGAACACACGGAUUAAUUCCUGAUGACUCUGCCGGGUGUCACCCAGCGGCGCCCGGAACUCGGAGCGCUCCCUAACCCUGCGGGGCAGCGGGGACCCAGCGCCCUGGCCGCCUCGGGCGCCCCGGCAGGGUGCGCGCCAGGUCCCAGGCCGGCGCCGGGCCCCAGGACCCUUAUCUUCGUCUUGGGUACCCUGCUGCUGGGCCCAGCUGCCUCAGCCGUGAUCAUCCGGCAGGAGAGAGUUCACCAGCAGUUAGCGGCCCCACAGAUGUCCACCAAGUGUCCAGCAGGAUACCAUGUUUCAGAAGACAGUAGAAGUUGUACACCAUGCACAGAUGGAGUGGAUUAUACCAGUCACAAGAAUCUGUUCUCUUCCUGCUUACCGUGCUCUACAUGUAAAUCAGAUGAAGAACGAAUAGCUGACUGCACCAGAACUGAGGACACACAGUGUCGGUGCAAACGUGGCACUUUCCACGGAGAAGAUUUCCCCGAGGUCUGCCAGACCUGCCGCAGCAGGUGCCCUGAUGGGAUGGUUGAGGCCAGUCCCUGUACCCCCUGGAGUGACCUCAAGUGUGUCCACCAAGGAUCAGGUACCCAGGCCAGUGGGGAGGCCCCGGUUCCUGGAGAGCCAGUGACCGUGGGGCUACCCACUACUCCCUCUCGCUCCUCAGGCAAUCCAUGGCCGGUGAUCGGGAUUGUAGUCGGGGCUGUGGCUGUGGCUGUGGCUGUCCUGCUGCUGGGGCUGACUGUGUAUCUUUGCCGGAGGCGCAUCCUUCAAGGUUGUGAAGUGGCCGCCAACUGCAUAAACAGAGUCUUUUUCCUGCGCUCCUGUCCCCCAAGAAGACCUGAGGCUCUGGACAACGCCUACAACGAGACCCUGAACAACAGAGAGUCAUCGUCCACCCUGGUUUCUGAGCAGGAACUGGAAGGCGAGGAGCAGGCAGAGCCGACAGGUGUCAGCGCACAGUCCCCAGGGGAAGCAGAGCGUCUGCUGGGACCUGCAGGAGCUGAAGGGUCUCAGAUGAGAAGGAGGCUGCUGGUUCCAGCCAACGGUGCAGACCCCACUGAAAGCCUGCAGCUGUUCUUUGAUUACUUUCCAAGAAUUGUGCCCUUUAAGUCAUGGAAACGCUUGAUGCGGCAGUUGGGUCUCACACAAAAUGAGAUCGAUGUGACGGAAGCUGAAAUCACGAGCCAUCAGGAUGCCUUGUAUGCAAUGCUGACGAUCUGGCUCAAGAAAACAGGGCGGAGUGCCUCUGUCAACACCCUGCUGGAUGCCUUGGAAACACUCGGGGAAAAAUAUGCGAAGGAGACAAUUCAGGACCACCUGUUGGCCUCCGGAAAGUAUGUCUAUGAGGAAGAUGGGGCAGGCUCUGCUGUGUCCUGAGUAUCAAAGAAUCUCUUUAGGAAACUAGAGGUUCCCUAGUUUACCUUCUCUCCUGGAAAAGACACGAUUGGACACAUGCCUAGUUCUUGACCAAUACUUGAAGAAACUCUACCAUCCGAAAGCAUAGAGCUCUUGGAAUGUUCUAGCACUUUUUCAAAGUAGGUGGAAGAAUUUUUUUACUUAUUUAUUUUUUGGUGCGGAAGAUAGGCCCUGAGCUAACAUCUGUGCCAAUCUUCCUCUAUUUCGUAUGUGGAAUGCCACCACAGCAUGGCUUGAUGGCUGUGUGUAGGUCUGCACCUGGGAUCCAAACUCAUGAACCCCGGACCACUGAAGUGGAGCACGCUAACUUAACCACUAUGCUACAGGGCUGGCCCCAGGUGGAAUAAUUUUUAUGAAAUGUUUGGUGUAAUAAGCAACCUGUGGAAAUGCCACGUCUAAUGAGAUUCUAUGCAGAGUGUAGUUGUCUGUUCAUAUACAUACUGAGAGCAGUUGUUUUAGGAUAUCAUUCUUUUUCGGUUAAUGCCACUUUUUAUCCUAAGAGAACUGUGCUUUUUACUUGUAUUUGUUAUGUUGUAAGAUGCAGUCGUGUUCAUGUGUAUGCAUUUAUUUAUGUCUAUUUUAUGUGGCAUUUUUGUAUUUUUAUAUUUUUGUAUAUAUUUAUAUGAGCACGGAAACCCUUUUAGAGCGGUACUUACUAAGUUGAUUACAUGGGUUACCUGAAUGGGAGCAGGUGACCAUAAGAUGAGUAGAAAUACAAAGGGGAGGAUUGAAAACCCCAUGUCUGUGGGGGGCACUGGUGGGUUCCAGUUCUCCCUCAUACACACUUUGAGCUUGUUGUCCAGGAUUAGAUGACCGGCAACUUCUAAAGACCCCACUCUUUUCAACCUGGCAGUUUCAUAGGUGUGUGAAUAUCUAUGUUAUUUACAGGCACAUGUUUGCGAGCGAGCAAAGAGGGGAGAAGUGGUAUCGCGUGCCACCCCGUGUCUGGGUGUCUGCACUGGGCAGCCGUGCAUGGCCUCCUGCUCCUCGUCUGUGGGUGCCAGGUGCCGGGGGGAGGCUGGGAGAUGGGUUGGAUCUGAGGGGGCAAUAGGUUCUAUGUCAGGUACCAUUUCAGGUCACGUUAGUGCACCCUCAGCCCUGUCUGGGCUCAAGGGAGAGAAUGGGGUCUGCUCCUGGGGUCUGCUGCGUGCUCAUGGGUUGUGCUAAAUAUCUGCUGACUCAGCACUGGAUCUCCUCUCACUUCUUGGUCUGUGAAUCUGAGGCCCAAGACUGCCUGUUCAGGGUACAGGUUCCCCAUCUGAGGAGCUUAGUGCUGCCAUAAGCAUCUGACUUAACACGUAAAUACUAAUUCUUAGACACUGAGAAUUGGGCCUAAAAUGGCUGAUAUUUUGGAGUUUUGUUCUUGUAUCACUUUCUCUUACUUUUUAAAAUACUUUGUAACCACUUGAGCCCUCCUUCCACCAUAACUAUCGCUGUAGUAUUCCAGUCAUGACAAGAUAAAGUUGUGGAGGUAGAAAUUCUCAGGGUUUUUGGUCUUUUUCAUCUCAAAGUUUUGUGUGUUGUCUUGUUCCAAGACUAGCGUGGCUGGCUGCAACUGGAAUUGCCUGAACUUUUAGGCACGCUCAGGGUGCUGGUGUUCUAGUGGAGCUGGGUGGGGGCACAGCCUCCACGGCCUUAGGGCUUACAUCCCUCUCCCACUUGCUUUCCCGAAAGACAGGUAUUUCCUGCCUUAGCUGUUCCCUCAGUGCGGGCCACUCUGGCCUUAUAGCUUUGGGUGGAGCCUUGAGUUUUUGCCAGUCGAGAUUCAGUGGUCCCUUUCUCAGAGAACUUGAGUGCCCAUCUAAAGUGUUAGCCAUGUCAGUGCUUGUCACCUGUGUUCAUUUAAGGUAAGCCUCAUGAGAGCAUGAAGUUAUUUUUUUGUUUGUUUUAUUUAUUUUUCCUUUAUAUGUCUUACUGUUGUUUAAUUUUAAAUAUAUUCCAGUUUCUGUUAAAAUUUGUUUCUUUAUUUGAAUAUUUGAUCUAUUCCUUCACACUCGGUGUUCCUUGUUAUUAUUGCUGCUCCUGCUCAGUAAUGCACAGUAUUUAUUCAUUUUUAUUUUUGCCUUUGACCCCCUUCACCCAUUUCUCCCACCCCUACCCCCUACCUCUGGCAACCACCAGUCUGUUCUCUGUAUCUGUGAGCUGAGUUUGUUUGUUUUAGAU